AUGGCUGCGUCCCUGGCUUCUCGCUCCGGCGCUAACGCCGUGCUCGCGGCUGGUCUCAACCAGGAGCCCGUGCUGGCUUCCUCCUCGCACUCCGUUCUCAAGGUCGACAGCUUCUGCGGCCUUCGCCAGAACGUGAAUCUCACGGAUAGGAAGAGCGUCGCGAAGAGAGGACGGAACGUCCAGCGCAGAAGCUCCAACAAUGGUCCUGUGGCGACCCUCAGCGAGAAGGGCGAGUACUUCAACGAGAAGCCUCCCACGCCUAUCCUCGAUACUGUCAACUACCCGAUUCACAUGAAGAAUCUCAGCAUCAGGGAGCUGAAGCAGCUGUCGGAGGAGGUGCGAGCGGAGACGAUCUUCACAGUGUCGAAGACGGGCGGGCAUCUGGGAUCCUCACUCGGCGUGGUGGAGCUGACCGUUGCCCUGCACCACGUGUUCAACACGCCCGAGGACCGCAUCAUUUGGGACGUGGGCCACCAGGCGUAUCCGCACAAGAUCCUCACGGGGCGCCGCAGCCGCAUGCACACGCUGCGACAGACGGGCGGGCUGUCCGGAUUCACCAAGCGCGCGGAGAGCGAGUAUGAUGCGUUCGGCGCCGGGCACAGCUCCACGAGUAUCUCCGCCGGGCUUGCCCCUCUCCCUAAAAUUCAUGACGCCAUGAAUGGCACCACCGAGAAAAAGACAAGCCAUCCCAGGAUUUACGCCGAUUGCAUUGCAGUAGGUGUAAUUACAGUCCACCCCACCCACUCUCCCUCUACUCCUUUCCUCCUCCUCUUCCCCUUUUUCCUUUGUCCACUGCCUGGCAUUGCUGAAGGCCAAGAGGUCGUGCAGCCGGUGACUGAGCACCGCAUGGCUGUGGGGCGCGACCUCAAGGGGAGGAAGAACAACGUCAUCGCAGUGAUCGGCGACGGUGCCAUGACGGCGGGCAUGGUGUACGAAGCCAUGAACAAUGCCGGCUACCUCGACUCCAACAUGAUCGUCAUUCUCAACGACAACAAGCAGGUCUCCCUCCCUACCGCCACUGUCGACGGCCCGGCGCCCCCUGUCGGCGCGCUCAGCAGCGCGCUCAGCAAGCUCCAGUCCUCCAGACCUCUCCGGGAGCUUCGGGAGGUUGCCAAGGGCGUGUCGAAGCAGAUCGGAGGCCCGGUGCAUGAGAUUGCAGCCAAGGUGGAUGAAUACGCUCGGGGGAUGAUCAGCGGGUCGGGAUCCACUCUAUUCGAGGAGCUCGGGCUGUACUACAUCGGCCCCGUGGACGGGCACUCAGUAGAGGAUCUUGUGGCUAUAUUGAAGGAGGUGAAGAACACUCAGUCGACCGGGCCUGUGCUUAUCCACGUUGUGACUGAAAAGGGGCGUGGGUACCCGUACGCGGAGAGGGCAGCGGAUAAAUAUCACGGCGUGGUGAAAUUCGACCCGGCGACGGGUCGGCAGCACAAGGGGAAGAGCGCCACUCAGGCCUACACCACUUACUUCGCGGAAGCCCUAAUUGCGGAGGCGGAGCAGGAUAAGAAUGUGGUGGCGAUCCAUGCCGCCAUGGGCGGUGGAACCGGUCUGAACCUUUUCGCGAAACGCUUCCCGGACCGCUGCUUUGAUGUGGGGAUUGCGGAACAGCACGCGGUUACCUUUGCGGCGGGUCUUGCUGUCGAGGGGCUGAAGCCCUUCUGUGCCAUCUACUCGUCCUUCCUGCAGCGCGCGUACGACCAGGUCAUGCAUGACGUGGCGCUGCAGAAGCUGCCGGUGCGCUUUGCUGUCGACCGCGCGGGAUUGGUCGGCGCUGAUGGGGCGACGCACGCUGGCGCGUAUGACGUGGCGUUCCUGGCGUGCCUCCCCGAGAUGGUGGUGAUGGCACCUGCUGAUGAGGUGGAGCUGUUCCAUAUGGUGGCUACUGCAGCGGCUUAUAACGAGGGGCCCAGUGUGUUCCGGUACCCGCGUGGGAAUGGAAUCGGGCUGCCUCUGCCUGCCAACAAUAAGGGUGUGCCGCUCGAGAUCGGCAAGGGACGGAUCUUGAAGGAGGGGACAGACGUGGCUCUGCUGGGCUACGGCACCAUGUCUCUCAACUGCCUGGCAGCUGCCAAGAUGCUCGAGGAGCGAGACAUCUCGGUCACUGUUGCUGACGCGCGCUUCUGCAAGCCGUUGGAUCGCGAUCUGAUCCGCCAGCUGGCGCGCAACCACGGGGUGCUGGUGGUGGUGGAGGAGGGGUCGGUGGGCGGCUUCUCGGCGCACGUGCAGCACUUCAUGGCUCUCGAUGGGCUCUUUGAUGACGGCAAGAUCAAGCACUUCAUGGCGCUCCACGGGCUGCUUGAUGACGUCAAGAUUAAGCAUUUCAUGGCGCUGGACGGGCUGUUUGAUGACGGCAAGAUCAAGUUCCGUCCCGUCGUCCUGCCCGACCGUUACAUCGAGCACGGAGCACCCAAGGAUCAAAUCAUUGAGGCAGGGCUGUCUGCCGGCCAGAUCGCAUCCACUGUGUUGAACUUGAUGGGACGCUCCCGGGAUGCGCUCACCCUCAUGGCUCACUGA